AUGUACAAAUUCAAACUUCUACUCGCCGCUUCGUUAUUGGUCCUGCACGGAUUCGUGUUGUCACAUGAUGAAGAGGAAGAAGACUGCGGUGAUGAUUUCGUGCAUGAGACGUGUCCCGACAACACGUGGAUUAAAUUCCGACGGCAAAGCGGUCAAGAGAUUUGCCUAAAAAUGUUCAAAUUCACCGACAAAGCGACAACAUCGUCAUUCUUGUGGAAGAACAAAUGGCUGAAUCAGACGCCCGACUCAAAAUUUAUCAAGGGCGAAUAUGAGAGCGCGAUAAUUGUAAAAAAUGGGAAAAUCGAUGAUGUCAUAAGCACGGCGAAGUUCGACGGCGCACUGUGCGGUGUGACACUCGGCUAG